AUGAAAGCAGUCGUCGUCCUCACAUGUCUGUCAGCGCUCCACUGUUUAAGUGUCUGCGUGGCCUCCGAGUUAUCUUUCCUCCAAGAGCCCAGCGAUGUGAUUGCCGUGAGGGAUCGCCCGCUGCUGCUCGACUGUCGGGUUCAGGGCGAGGAGCCGGUCAUGGUCACAUGGCGUAAAAACGGGGUUCCUCUGCCCACCAGCCCGCGGGUUCAGGUGCUGGAAAACGGAACGCUGUUGAUCCAGAAGUUUCAGAAACGCAGAGAGGGUGGCGAUGCUGAUGUAGGCGAAUACGACUGCGCGGUCCAGAAUCGAUACGGGCUGCUGGUUAGCCGAAAGGCUAAAGUUGUCCUAGCAUCUCUUCCAAAGUUCCACACCCACCCAGGGUCCAUGUCGGUGGGCGAGGGAGGCGUUGCUCGCUUCCAGUGUCAGAUCAACGGAGUACCUGAGGCCAACAUCACCUGGGAGAAAGACAGAGUAGCACUGAAUACUAUUGACAGCAGGUAUACCCUCCUUCCGAUGGGCAUCCUCCAGGUGACCGGGCUGAGGAAAGUGGACGCAGGAGUUUUCCGCUGCGUUGCAUCCAACAUUGCCAACACUCGCUACAGCAAUGAGGCAAUGCUCAACGUCACCGGUGGAACUCCCAGAACCUACAAGGAGCCAGUCAUCCUGUCUGGACCCCAAAAUCUGACCAUUACUGUCCAUCAGACAGCCAUCUUGGAGUGUAUUGCCACAGGAAACCCACGGCCCAUUGUUUCCUGGAGCAGACUCGAUGGACGCUCAAUUGGGGUGGAGGGAAUCCAGGUGUUGGGGACGGGGAACCUUAUGAUCUCAGACGUAUCCCUCCAGCACUCAGGAGUGUAUGUUUGUGCUGCCAAUCGACCCGGUACCAGGAUGAGACGAACGGCAUUUGGACGGCUCGUGGUCCAAGCUCCUCCGGAGUUUGUGCAGUGGCCCCAGUCUGUCUCCAGGCCAGCAGGGGGCAGCGCUGUGUUCACCUGUGUGGCCCAAGGCGUCCCCGACCCUCACCUCAUCUGGCUGAAGAACGGCAAGGUCCUGACGCCUGGACACAACGUCAAGCUCACCAAUAACAACAGCACUCUGGCUCUGACUCGGAUCGGUUCGGACGACGAGGCCAUCUACCAAUGCAUCGCCGAGAACAGCGCAGGCACCAACCAGGCCAGCGCCCGCCUGGCACUGACCGAGGGGAAGGACUUACCCGCUGCCCCUGAAGGCCUCACAGCUACAGCUCUGUCCACCAACAGCCUGCAGAUCACAUGGAGCCAUCCACCUACCAGCUCCACCGACUCCAUCAUCGGAUACGUCCUGCACAUCCGGAGGACAGGGGAGCCUGACAACAUGGAGCUGCAGGAGGCCAUCAGUAAAGGCACCUUUCAACACGACGUGACCAACCUGGAACCAGCAACCACCUACCUGCUCUACCUGAAGGCCUAUUCUGCCCUGGGAGCCAGCCAGCAGUCCAGCAGCGCACUGGCCACCACACUGGGAGGCGUUCCGACGGCUCCCACCUACUUCACCAAGGUGCUGAACUCCAGCUCCGUGCAGGUCCUGUGGGAGCUGCCCAGUAAACCCGGCAGGGUGGAGGGUUUCAGGCUGUCCUACCGCAGGGUCCCCCAGGCCGACUUCCAGGGGCCCAUCACGCUGCCCUGCAGCGCCAACGCACACACCAUCUCCAACCUGGAACCAGGUGCGGUGUAUGAAAUUCAACUAGUGGCUUACAACGGAAACGGAGAGAGCGACUGCUCCAAGAGACUGGUGUCACUGGCAGAGCAAGGCAAGAGCGACCCGAUCACAGGAGGAAAUAGUCUUUGUCAGUGCAGGGACUCUGAAGCCUCUCUGGGCAGCAUCGUUAUUGGCAUCCAUAUUGGCACCGCCUGCAUCAUCUUCUGCGUUCUGUUCCUCAUGUUUGGAUACCGUCGCAGUUUGUUUUGCAGUAAAGGGACUCAGGAUAACUGGUCUCCCCCAAGAAUGGACACAGAACACAAUGGACACCCUAAAGACAGAACAAACUGUUCCAGGAUGGAGUCGGAGCAGGUGGUCUGUCCGACGCGUUGCCAGGUCAUCAUUGAGCAGCAUUCAUCAGGUUUGCCUGGCUCGGGCACCGGCUGA